AAGGGAGCAAAGGAGAAAGCCUCAGGCAGACCGCUCAGUAACGGCUCCUUGGAUAAUGGUACACUAAGAAGGCGUAUGCGAGCCUGCGCCCUCAUGGCAUCUAGAGGCAAAGAUGUGGCACCUUCACUAGGUUCUCCCUGGGUCUCGCAGAUGAGUCCCUGGAAUGCUAUUGUUGAGGCCGUCAAAGAUCAACUCCCAUCUCUCGACUCGGACUCCUCCUUGUCUGACCAUGAGGAAGAGGAGCCCUUCAUCUUCCAGCGAAAUGAAACUGCCCUUAUCCCAGACUUGUCAGAGGAGCUGGCUGAAGACCUUGCCGAGGAUGCUGAGUCCAGGACCUGGGUCACUGCAGCUAUUGAGAACCCUCCUGAGCCACUUCUGGGGCCUGCUGACUUUGCCACAGAACUCAGAAGUGUAUGGAACGUAAGGACCAAGGACUCAGCCUCUCAGGAAGGAAGGAACCUUAGGCCUUUUGAGAAUUGUGGUGAGAUCUUCACUCUUCUUAGGAUGGCCGGGGUAAAAAGCAACCUUGGAAACAUGUCCUUCCACACUGAAGGAUCCCCAAAUCCUCCCUGGGCCCUGGAGGGAGAAGCCAACCUCUCUCCCGCAAGACGAGACCUGAAUGCAGAGCCCACAAGCGCCACCUCACAAAGUGCUGUAGACCUCAGGGCCCUCCGUCAGGAGAGGAGGAAGAUGAUAGAGAAGGACAUACUCCAGAAAGUAACCCGGAAUGCCCAAGACCCAGCCAGCAGUGGCCACAGUGGGGUGUGGGAGGUGCCCUGCCACGCUGCAGAGUCAGCCCCCAGAACAGAGCUGCUUCCAGAGGAGCCUCAGGCAGGACUACCAGUGCUCUCACCCCAGAAACUUGAAGAGUGGGAUUUGGAUUGCAUCCUUCAGAGUCUGGCGGGACAAGAAGACAACCAGGAAAAUCAUGCACCUGAAACUGUGUGGUGGGCAGCUAACUGCUGCCAAAUCCAAGACCACACUGUGCUGAGCACCCAGGACAAGCUUAUGGAACAGCUGGCCCUCCUGUGUGCCUCGCACUCCAGAGCCUCUGUCUCUACCCAGGACGUGCCUGCUGACACACUCCAGGACACCAAGGAGCAGAAGGCUGGAAGCAGAUGUGAUUCCAAGAAGCUGGGCUCCCAGGGUGAGCCAGGUUGGAAACUGGCUGAGGGCAUGAGGCACAAUAUGGAGCCUCCUACCAUCUUCAUUGAUCUGCGGCAGAUGGAACCAGCAGCCCACCAUUCCCCAGAGAGUUCCAGCUCCAGCUCCUCUGACAAUGAGGAGGAGGAAGAGGAGUCAGCAGCUUUAGGAAACCAGCAGGACCCAGCAGAGAGGGCAUCUCCUUCCUCCCAGGGGCUACGGAACUGUACUGGGAAGAGUCAGCUUCUUCAGCAGCUCAGGGCCUUUCGGAAGGGGACGGCUCAGCUGCAGCUGCCUGCCGGUGAGGGUCCCGGUGGCCAGAGGGCUCAGACCUGGGCAGAUAUGGCUACAACCGGGACUGGGAAGAAGGAGCACGCAAAGCUCUGGGCUGAGGAGCAGAGCACUCAGGCUGGGCUCCCAAGAACAAGUCCCAGGGCCCUGGGGGACGUUCUUGGGUCAGGGGCAGCUGGGGAGGCCUUGGUGCCUCCUCUGGAUUCACUAUAGAUGCUCAGCGAGCAGGAUCUGAGGAGCAGGCAGCAGCAGUCUAACUUUCCAGUGACACUGGUCCCUGGUGUGCCCCUUGUUCUCCACACACUUGCACUUACAGGUGCUGUUAAGAAACAGAGACCCUCAGAUGAUGGACUAUUCCCAGCCCCUGGUAGAAUUCUGCCUCACACUUAAGAGUAAGGAUCCAAAUACAGAUUUGUACAUAAGGCAUGACAACAACUCUGGGAGACGAAGCUGGCCAACCCCAGUUUGACUGGAAGGACAGCAGAUAGGGUGCUGCUCUGCGGGGCCACAGGCUUUCACCUUUGUCCAUUUCUACAUGUUUUUCUAAGGAAAACCUGAUUUUCCACCAUACAAGGUCUUUG